ACGCCGAUUUCCAUUAGGCCCAGUACUGUGGCCAGUGGUAAAAUAGGGGAGACAGUGUGGUAUAGUGGUUAGAGCGCUGGUUCAGGACCCAGGAGACUAGGGUUCAAAUUCUGACUCGGCCAUUGAAGUUCACUGGGCGACCUCGGACCACUCUCUGAGCCUCACUUAACCUCACAGGCAUGCCUGGAUAAAAUGGGGAGGAGAAGUAUGUAUGUUGCCUUGAGCUCCUUGGAGGAAAGGUGGGAUAUAAAUACAGAAAAGCCAAGGUCAGACACCUGAUCUAUCCAGUACUGUCUAUACUGACUGGUGCUCUAUGGUUUCAGACAGGACAUUCCCAGGAUUGAACCUGGAACUUGCCACUGAGCUAUGGCACUUCCCCAAAGUGAUGUUGAGGGUUGUAGUCCAAUAAUAUUUGGAGGGCAAUGGUUUGGGAAAGGCUGAAAUAGAAACUUCCACAUGUUUUUGAGUGAAGAUUUCCUUCCAGCCACCAUGCAUUGUGGUUUCUCUUUCUCCUUUUUUGCAUGCACAUGCUUGGUUGGUUGCUUCUUGGGUGCACCUGCUAGAAUGAGGAGCAGGGCAGGUGUGCUGGUGCAAAUAUUAACCUUUUGUUCUCUAUACAUAAAUCACUGCUCACCUCUGUGGUCAGCUUGUGUGGGGUGUUGGAGUGAAAAUAUAUUGGAUUAUUUCCUGAAUGCCAAACAAAUUAAAACAAGAGAUGGAGCUGAAAUCAUCUGGUACCAUAGAGCAAAUAAUAAGUUACAAAUGACAGAGGCGAUACAGAGUCCAGCUCACAUGAUAGAGGCUGAUGUUCUUCUUUGUGAAGAAGAGGGAAGUGGUGAGCCCAUCAUGGCUCAUCCACCUGAAACCAGUAGUGAUAGCACAUUAAAGGAAUGGCUGAAUGAAAUUAAAAACACUAGCAAGGGCAUCAAGCUUGAUUUUAAAAGCCUAGCAGCUGUUAAUCCAUCAAUGAAGCUUCUUGGAGACAUAAAACUCAGGCAACCAGUUUGGAUUAAUGCAGACAUUCUUCCUGGACCAAAUGGAAGUAAUUGUGUAGUAGAUGCAAAGGGGUUUCUAGACACUGUGAUAACAUUUUUUCCAGAUGUAACUUUGUCAUUAGGAUGGACAACUGGGUGGAUUAAUCUAAAAUGCAAUAAAGGCUAUAGUUUAGCAAUGGUGGAAGAGAUGGCCAAGAUAUGUAGAGAUCUUACUCAGCCAAUAACAUUUCCUGUUCGAGCUGCUUUGGUCCGUCAGUCAAUACCUGAACUAUUGUGGUUAUUACAGCAGUCAAACAGAUACACUCUGACAAUUUGGACAGGAAAACAUGAUGACUAUUCCGUAGAAGAUCUGCUCUUCAUCAGAGAUAGCUUUGAUAAAAGUUGUUAUAAACAAAUGGAGAUGGCUGAGAAAAAUUGGCUGAUGGUGGAGCCAUGGAAUUGUGUCCAGUCACAGACUCAAGACAGAAUGCAGGCAAAACUGUGCCCAAGGAACGUGUUCAGGGAGCAGACUGGAAUGAGUCAAGGCAAGCUCUUUUCUCUUAAACAUAUGCCUAUCCAUUUGAAAAUGCACAUACUUCUACAUAAAUGUUGGGAGGGGGCGGUUAGGCAGUAGAGAACCCACGUAUGAAUUCAUAUAAAAUACAUGAUUUACAUGUGGAAUUACAGGUUUAUCACAAAACAUCAAACGAUUCAAAAGGAUAUACAAUUUUGAAUUUAUAAAAAUAAAUUACAUAUAAAUAAAAGCAUGAGAAAGUUUCCUGAAAGCUACUGGUACUACAUUUCAGUCUUUGUAAGGAAGUUAUUUUACAAAAUUUAUCAGAUACAGGUAUAUAAAUAUUGUACAAUAUUGGGGGGGGGGGGACCAAAGAGAUGUUUACUUCAAUCACUCUAUGAUACGUGCAUGAAGGGGAAAGGUAAAGUUGCCCCCUGUUGUCCACACAUUCAGCAGACCAUUUUAAAAGGAGCCCAUGUGCUGCAGUUGUACACAUGUCUGGUCCUUGCUCAAAUAAAACUCCAAUCAGGUAGUCUCCUUUGCCACAAUCCACUCAACAUGUGGACGCCAGGGGUAAGAUUGUCAUAUCUACACAUACUGUGCAUCUGGAGAACUUGCAGGUUAACAGCCCUCAAAUGAGGCAACUGGUAUGACAUGAAAACAUUUACUUAUCAUGAUUAGAUCAACAUGAUCUAUUCUAUUAGUGAGAGAGAAAACAAACUAAAGUGGAGCAUUUAAGACUGCUUCAGAUAUAAAAUAACUUCCCAAACAAAAAUAAUUUCCAGUGCAUAUUUUCCUACCUUGAUUAUGAAAAAUAUAGAUUAUAACAAUGAUUUUCAUUUCCAGGAGGGUACUGUUCUGUGUUUGCAAGGCGACUUAGGGCGCCUGGUCAAUAUUUUCUCAAAAUCAUGUUUCUUUGAAAGCUUCGGCUGCAUACUCCAAAACCAAGUAGAUGCAACAGAAACAAUCUCAAGUCUAUACUCAUCUUUCUGAGAUAUAACAUGGAACUUACCAGCUGAAUGUAAAAAUUAUUUAAGUUGCUAACUUUUAAGAGGGGUUAUGAGCCACUACUGAGUUUUUCCUCCCAGACCAAAUGCUUUUAUUUGGGUUGGGCACCGGGUUUGGUGGUACACCCCUUAGGGAAAAUUCUUGCUCAAUGCCAGAAGUUUCA